GAAAAGCUUGGCUUUUAUAAAUCAAGCGUUCAUGCUUGAUAAUGAUUUCUUAAUACAAAAUUUUACAGAAAUCCUACUAACCAGUACAAUGGCCUCAUCAAGACACAUGAAAAUGUUGGCCAGAACAGUUCUUAUCAGGAACAAUGACCUUGAAAAAUCAUAUAAUAUACUGAACAGAAUCCUGAAUUCUGAAGGAGUACUAAAACAGGACAGAAGAUUGAGAUAUUUUGAGCAGCCAAGUCAUGCAAGGAAUCGUGUGUGUUUUGAAAGAGGUCGCAGAAUCUAUGACUCUGAAAUGAAAAGGAAAGUGAAGUUUCUAAUGAAAAAGAACAGAGUUGAUCCAUUUCCAAGAUGAUAUUGAAAAUAGUAAAGAUAUUUUAACAGGCAGCUGACACCAGAAAAUAACUAAUGAAGAAAUGAAGAUAACCAGAAUGAGAAAUGAAUCAGAUUCAGAAGACAUUUCCUGAUUUACUUCGUAUUUUGUUUUUUUCUUCUCAAAGUACAAGUAUGGCAUCAGAAAAAGUUAUGCAUUCAUAUAUGUAUUAAUAAAACAUGUCAGACAUUA